UACGGUCCCGAAAACAUGAGCCCACGCUUCUUGAUCUCUCUGAGUUCCAUAUUUGCUCUUGCGUUUGGCUCUUUCGUUCUGUUUCUAUUUUGGUUCGAUGUACAUGUAUGGACUUGCAGACAAGUUGCUGCGCCUUCUGACCCCUGUUGCGAUCUGCUUGACCACCUACCUCUACCUCUAUCCCAUUUUCCACGGAUGCGUCUUCCCAUCGAGAGACACCUCGCCCGUAUCCGCAUUCACUGACACCCUCAAGCAACACUGGCCCCCUUUGUGCGAUGCAGACGUCCACCCCGACCUUUCACGUGUUCCUUUCCGACUGCUAGCCCUUGCUGAUCCCCAGCUCGAAGGUGACAGCUCCCUUCCCAAACCGGAGGAUGGUUUGAUACCUAAGUUAAGGCAGUAUUGGGCAAAGCUGUCCACCGAAGAACGGCAACAUUGGCCACAUUCUGCGUAUGAGGCCCUACAAGAAGUGGCUCUUAAAGACCUCCCUGAGGCACUGCGCGCCCUUCGAAAACGACUUGAUCUAUUUGGGAAUGACUACUAUUUGGGCCACAUAUAUAGGACGCUUCAUUGGUGGACAAAGCCUACCCACGUAGCUGUGCUCGGAGAUCUCAUCGGCAGCCAAUGGGUCACAGACGAAGAGUUUGCGUGGAGAGGGUGGAGGUAUUGGAAUAGAGUCUUUGCGGGUGCUCGUAAGGUAGAAGACAAUGUUACCAGUCUAAGCAACAAAGACCAGGAAAUGAUUUUCGACAUGAAUGAUACGGACUGGAAGCAUCGACUGAUCAAUAUUGCCGGCAAUCACGACAUUGGAUAUGCCGGCGAUAUUUCUCGAAGGAGGCUUGACCGGUUCGAGAAGAUCUUUGGAAAGGCAAACUGGGAUGUUAGGUUCCGCUAUCCCAGCCUGAACAGCGCGAAGACUACGACCGAGACGAAUCUUCAGCCAUCUUUGCAUCUGAUUGUCCUGAACAGUCUCGUUCUAGACUCCCCUGCUCUUUCAGAGGAUGUGCAGACCGAAACCUUUGGAUACUUAAACGACCUGAUCUCUCACCGUCUGCGUCCUGUGGAAGACAAUUCAUCUUUUACUCUUCUCCUGACGCACCUACCACUUCACAAGAAAGAAGGAACUUGCGUUGAUGCCCCCUUUUUCGACUACUGGGGCAACGACGAUGGCGGUGGAGUUUACAAACCCCAUGGAGUGAGAGAACAAAAUCACCUGAGCGAGCAAACGAGCCAGAGAGGCACCUUACAGGCGUUGUUCGGCAUGAGCGGUGAUCUUAGUGCGCCAGCUCAAGGCAAGGGCAGAAGGGGUCUCAUCCUCACUGGUCAUGAUCACGAGGGCUGUGACGUUUGGCAUUAUAUCCCUCCUGAAUCUGUCGAGUCAACAUCAGAGGACGGCAAUGAAGAAAAGCGGCAAACCUCGUGGGACAGCUGCAGAUGGCAGCACGCAAACCACAGCAAUGCACAUACGGGAAUCCGAGAGAUCACACUCCGAAGCAUGAUGGGAGAUUACGGGGGCAACGUUGGACUCCUCAGUGCUUGGUUCGAACACGAAACGAGCGAAUGGAGGUACCACAUUCAGAUGUGCGGUCUGAACAUUAAGCUCUGGUGGGCCGUCCAUGUCGUCGACUUGAUUGUUCUGUGCCUCUUUGGCGUUUGUCUUUGCCGUCGUCUGGCGCGUCCCGUCAUGGAAUCUUCAACAACUUCCACAACCAGACCAGAUGUUUCAGAAUCAAAGCGCAAAGCACCACGUAGGUGAACGCUAUUAUUCUGCUCCGUACUUGGCGUUUUGUUCCUCUCAGAAGACACAAAGAGCGAACGAUAUCUUGGCAAAGCUGGAUGUUUCUACCGAAGCGACCUCCAUAUCGGACUUCUUGCUUCCCAACCAGCGCUAAAGUCUUGAUCACCAUGUUGAUGUGCUUUGGUUACUCCCGGAAAGAGCUCGGUGGGAGCAUUGAUUCAUCAAAGAAUGAGUGUUCCAGACUUUGGAUACCUUGUGCCAAUGACACCAACGGCAAGAACUACCACCAAAUAGCUAGGAGAACGGGCGGCGAGAAGCCAGAAUGUUCAUCAGGCUGAGAGCAGACGCAUCGAACAUGGUCGCCUCUUCCCCAUUCUAUGUGCUUCGGCCGUCGACGAUAUAAAAGCAAUGAGAUAUGUUGCGACUGGGAUUGGAAUAGUAUAGUGACUGGGUGCGACUACCUCCACGUCAUCUUCUAUGUUGGCAUUCUGCAGAAGCUGAUAUGGGGAGACAAGACUGGGCGAAUCUGCACACGAUCCCAGAGGUAAUGAUCUCCUGAUAUCUGGAGGCCUGAGGAUGGGACACAUCGGGAUUUAUACCACGUCAACAAAACCGACUGUUCAGCGUCAGAAGCAUACUGGUACAUCACCAUGACUCUAUCCCCAGCAUUGUAAAAGACGAUACCGAUGGAACGAUUUGGGCUGGAAACACCAUAGCGUCGAUAGCCGCACGCGAUCAACGCGAUAACAAGGCUGAAUCCUGAAGCACAUGCUGGAGUUUAGGACGACGAGAGAUUCACAGGGAUGGAAAAAGCAUUCAGCGGUCGCACAUGUCUUGUUGAGUCUCCAAGAACCGUCACUCAACUCAGAACUAUCACAUUCAUCAAUCUACAGCACAGGAAGAUGAGUGAAUCAAAGGUCACAUGGCAUUCAUCUGAUGUGAAACCAACAACGGAUCGUCACCAAGGUCGUCACCAAGGUGAAGCAUUCCCUGGACGGCACUCAUGGUCCGUGACUGUACCACUUCAACACAUUCUUUAUAAAUAUCUCUUCUACACACCUGCUGCACGUCCUCUUCCUUGUCUACUCUUCCAUUAUUGAGAUUGAGCUGAGGGUGAUCAAGAUGGUGUUCCUCAUUGCCUUCAAAACUUCCCUUCCCCGUCCGCUCUCCUUCCACUGGGACCACGAUAUCUAUGAGGCAUGUCCCGUCUGCGUCCGUGCUCACGAGCUCCGAACCUGCGACGGCGAGACGAAAGUCACCUUUGAG